GUUGCAUAAUAUGUUGGUUUCUGUUCUAAAAAAAAAAAUUGAUUGAUGAUGUUCAAACUUAGGUUAAAAUGGUGAGAGAGAAGAGGGAAUGGUGGUUAAUUGGGAUAAUUGGAAUUACGGUGAUCAAAAUUAUUUUCGUGCCUAACUAACUCUAGUAACCAAAAAUGUUUCUUACCCUUUUUAUUUUUAUUUUUUUUUGCGAAAGAAUGUUUCUUACCCUUUUGUUUUUACACUUUGUUUAUUUUUUCUGUUGUGCCUUUUUAAAAUGAACUUAAUGUAACAUUUUAUUGUUUUCUCAUGAAAUUAUUUGUAGUCUCAUUAUUCGUUCGUACAACCACCAAACAAAUGCCAACAAAUGCAUGGUAAUACAGACCGCGGUAUAAAGUAGCUAGUAGCAGCUGUCUAGGUGUCGUCUCAUUAUUCGUCGGUACCACCACCAAACAAAUGCCAUGUGGUAAUGCAGAACCACUGUAUAAAGUAGAUUGGAGCAAGACUUUUAAGUCUCCUCCUAAGAGUUAAGGAAGCUCCUCUGCCUGUCUCUGCGUGCUAUUGCUGUCUUGUUUUGCAAAUCUGCAUUCAUCUCCUUCUCCUUCUACCUACAAGAGAAGCUCUGUGCUUGGUUACACAAGGAAACAAAGAUAUGGCAUCUGUGCUUACUUUUGCCACCGAGGGAAUAUUGACGAAGCUGACUUCCCUUGCUGCUCACGAAAUCAGUCUUGCCUGGGGAUUCAAAGCUGAACUAAACAGGCUUCGCAAAACACUGUCCACCAUUGAAGGUUACUUAGCCGACGUUGACCAGGGACCACAAGGUCGGAGCAAGUCCGUAGAAGAUUGGGUGACGAAUCUUAAACGCCUAGCUCAAGAUGCAGAUGAUGUCUUGGAUGAAUUCAACUAUGAACUUCUCCGGCGCAAAGUAGAAAUCCGAAAUCAUAUGAAGAAAAAGGUACUCAACUUCUUUUCAUUCUCCAAUCCGGUUGCAUUCCGCCUUAAAAUUGCACAUAAAAUUCAGAAGAUCAAUGCAUCCUUGAAGAAACUCAAGAGUGAUGCAUCUGUCAUUGGACUUGUUUCCAAUAAAAUAGAUGCAGUCCCUCAAGGAAUUAGAGGACGCAUACAAACCGACUCAUUUCCUGAAAAAGAUGGAAUCAUCGUUGGCAGGGAGGAGGUUGUGUCAAACAUAGUUACAACCUUGACCAACUCCAACAUCAAUCAAGAAAAUCUUGCUGUUAUGGCCAUUGUGGGAAUGGCAGGGCUGGGAAAGACAACUUUGGCCAAGUCAGUGUACAAUGAUAAUUCAGUAAUAAAGUAUUUUGAAAAAAGGAUAUGGGUGUGUGUAUCUGAUCCUUUUAACAUCAAUGUGAUUUUGAUCUGCAUGUUAGAAUCUCUUAACCCAUCAAAAGCCACUGUAAGAGAAAAUCAAGAUGCACUGGUUAAAUACCUUGAAGAAGAGUUGAGAGAGAAAAGAUACUUGCUGGUACUUGAUGAUGUUUGGAAUGAAGAUUCGGAGAAAUGGGAAAGUUUGAUGAGCUAUUUGUCAAAGUUGAAUUCUCCAGGAAGCAAAAUUAUUGUCACUACCCGCAGUGGCAUAGUUGCAUCACUCACAGAAACACUUCCGCGGCCUGAAUUGAAACUUCUGUCAACAGAUGAAUGCUGGUUCAUAUUGAAACAUGUAGUUUGCUCAGAUGGUAGUUCUGAUAUACCUCAUGAUUUAGAGAGAAUUGGACGGGAGAUUGCUAAAAAUUGUGAAGGUCUACCAUUGAUGGCAAAGGUUUUGGGAGGCAUUUUGCAUUCUAAAAAGAGUACUUCCGAAUGGUCUAGAAUUAAAGGCAAUAGAAUAUGGGACUUACCAAAGACAGAAGAUAAAAUCAUGUCAGUCUUGAAGUUGAGUUUCGAUAAUUUGGAAUCACCAACAUUGAAGCAAUGUUUUUCAUAUUGCUCAGCGUUCAUGAAAGAUGCCGAGAUGGAAAGAGAUGACUUGAUUCAACUUUGGAUGGCUCAAGGAUUCCUCCAUCCUUCUCCUGAAAAAAGUAAUCUAGAGAUGGAGGAUAUAGGUAAUGAAUAUUUUGAUAUUCUAUUCCAAAGUUCCUUAUUUCAAAAUGCUACAGUGGAUGAUGAUGGCAUUGUUACUGGAUGCAAGAUGCACGAUCUUGUGCACGAUCUUGCAGAAUGUGUAUCCGAAUCUAGAAGCAUGAUGCCAGACUUCCAAGAGAUUCAAGAUAUUGCAACUCCCAUUAUAGAAAGAAUUCCAGAAGGAAGUAGUGGGAAAUUGAGAUCACUGUUUUCGAAUGCUGAAGCACUACCUCGAAACAUGUUGCCAGGGUUUAAAGCUUUACGUGUCUUAAAUUUAUAUGAGGCAGAUAUUAAGGAGCUCCCAAGUUCAAUCGAAAAGCUGAAACACUUGAGGUAUCUUAACAUUUCCGAAACAAGAAUCGAAAGACUCCCAAAUUCUAUUGGCAAGCUAUAUAACCUACAGACAUUAAGAGCAACAUACUGUGAUCUUGAAGAAUUUCCAAAAGACAUACAAAACUUGAUCAACUUGAGAUAUGUUUAUUGUGACGCGGGAGCGAAAUUUCCAGUUGGGGUAUUAGGGAGAUUAACUAGCCUCCGAAAAUUACCUUACUCUUAUAAGGAUUAUAAGGUGAUGGGUAGGGAAAUUGAGGAGCUGGCUGCCUUGAAUCAAUUGAAGGGUAAAUUGAUUAUUUGUAAUUUGGAACAUGUAAGGAAUGGAGAUGAGGCAAGGAUAGCUAAAUUAAAGGAUAAGAAAAAUGUACGCCACUUUUUAUUUAAAUGGACGAAAAACAGGUCAACAACCAAUAAUAAUGAAGAGGAUCAUGUACUAGAAGGCCUCCAGCCGCAUUCUGAGUUGGAAAGGCUAGAGAUUCGAUAUUUCAUGGGUUCUAAAUUUCCAUCAUGGAUGAUUGAGCUUGACAAUUUAAAGGAGAUUAAGCUUAGGGGGUGUGAAAAAGUCCCAACACUUGGCCAUCUACCUCAUCUUACAGUUGUUUGGAUUGAUGUAAUGAAUAAUCUAAAAUGUGUUGGAGCAGAGAUUUAUGGAAGUGAUCUUGUUUAUAAUAAGACAGGUAUAAAGGAAGUGGUUGUAUUUCCAGCACUGAAAGAAUUACACAUUCAUGAUUGCAAGGAGCUAAUUGAAUGGAUGGAAGCACCAGAACAAGUCAUGGUGUUUCCUUGCCUGGAGAAGCUGGAUAUCCGGAAUUGUCCCAACCUGAGAAAGGUUCCCAGUCAUUUUUUAUCCCUGAAGAAGUUGAAGAUACAAGGUAAUAAGGAGCUUACAUGUCUGCCUAAAGGGAUGUUGUUGAAGAUAGAAGGUAUGGAGAUAAGAGAUUGUGAGAAGUUAACUUGUAUUGCCCCCGAUGUCUUUGGUUGUUGUGCAUAUCUUCGAAAGUUGGUUGCAGAGAAUUGUCCUAGUUUACAAUCUAUUCCAGAUUUAAACCUCUUCACAUCCCUUCGUGAAUUGAGCAUUGAAAAUUGUGAGAGAUUAGAAAGUUUGGUGAGUAGUGGGCCAGUCUAUGUUGUGCAGUUGUUUAUAGAUGGUUCUAGUGCUCUACAAUCUAUUCCAGAUUUGCACAGCUUCACAUCCCUUCGUGAAUUGAGCAUUCAAAAUUGUGAGAGAUUAGAAAGUUUGGUGAGUAAUGGGCCUGUCUCUGUAGUGGAGUUGAGUAUAAUUAAAUGUAGUGGUCUAGAAUCUAUUCCAGCUUUAAACCUCUUCACAUCCCUCCGUGAACUGAUCAUUGAAAGGUGUUGGAGGUUAGAAAGUUUGGCGAGUAAUGGGCCCGUCUCUGUCGUGAAGUUGAGUAUAGAUAAAUGUUGGGAUCUACAAUCUAUUCCAGCUUUAAAACUCUUCACAUCCCUCCGUGAACUGAUCAUUGAAGGGUGUCGAAGGUUGGAAAGUUUGGUGAGUAGUGGGCUCGUCUAUGUUGUGAAGUUGAGUAUAGAUAAAUGUUGGGGUCUACAAUCUAUUCCAGCUUUAAACCUCUUCACAUCCCUUUGUGAAUUGAGCAUUAAAAAUUGUGAGAGAUUAAAAAGUUUGGUGAGUAGUGGGCCCGUCUCUGUUGUGAAGUUGAGUAUAGAUAAAUGUUGGGGUCUACAAUCUAUUCCAACUUUAAACCUCUUCACAUCACUCCUUAAAUUGAGCAUUCAAAAUUGUGGGAGAUUAGAAAGUUUGAUGAGUAGUGAGCCCAUCUCUGUUGUGGAGUUGAGUAUAAUUAAAUGUAGUGGUCUAAAAUCUAUUCCAACUUUAAACCUCUUCACAUCCCUCCAUAAACUGAUCAUUGAAGGAUGUCGUAGGUUAGAAAGUUUGGUGAGUAGUGGCCUACAACUGCCCGCCUCUCUUGUGCACUUGGAAAUAAGAGAUGUCCCUAAUAUAGAGAGUCUUCCAAGUUUAGACAACCUCACAUCUCUCUCUGAGUUGGUGAUUGUUAAUUGUGGGAAAUUAAAAUAUCUGCCCACAGGGCUACACUGCUACACCAGUUUGAAGACAUUGGAACUUGGUGGGAUCUGGGAAGAGCUCGAUUCCUUCCCUGAUUUCCAUCUUGGACACAGUGUACAAUCUAUUCCAGAUUUAAACCUCUUCACAUCUCUCGGUAAACUAAUCAUUAAAAGGUAUUGGAGGUUAGAAAGUUUGGUGAGUAGUGGUCUACAACUGCCUGCCUCUCUUGUGCACUUGGAAAUAAGAGAUGCCCCUAAUUUAGAGAGUCUUCCAAGUUUAGACAACCUCACAUCUCUCUCUGAGUUGGUGAUUGUGAAUUGUGGGAAAUUAAAAUAUCUGCCCAUAGGGCUACACUGCUGCUCCAGUUUGAAGACAUUGGAACUUGGUGUGAUCUGGGAAGAGCUCGAUUCCUUCCCUGAUUUCCAUCUUGGAUCAUCACAACUUCAAAGAUUAGAGUUGUUGGGGUGGCCCAAGCUCAAGUCUCUGCCUCAACAAAUUCAACACCUCACUUCUCUAACAUAUUUGUGGAUAGAGGGUUUCGAUGGAGUGGAGGCUCUUGAGGAUUGGUUGGGUAACCUUACAUCCCUUGGGACGCUACAGAUUUGGAGAUGCAAGAAGCUGAUGUAUCUACCUAGUGUCACAGCUAUGCAACGCCUCACCAAAUUACAAAUCCUAGGAAUUUCUGGAUGUCCCCUUUUGAAGGAAAGAUGCACCGAGGACAGCGGCCCAGAAUGGCCUAAGAUUUCUCACAUUCCAUAUAUCACCGGUAAAUGAUUUCGUAAGACUGAUCAAUAUUGAACAAUGAAUUCAUAAUAUCUCCGACUUUCGCAAUGAAGAAAUGUAAGGUACCCUUUCAUUGCAAGGCAAUGCUUCUCGGUAUUUGUGGAUUCUUUAUCCCCACUUGUUUAGAGGGCCUGAGGGGGUGGGUAGAGAGAUAUUGAUGUAGAGAGGAUUUUAUUUGCGUCGUAACAACUUAAUUGAAACAGAACAAAGAAGAAGGAAAUGAAGGAAUGCCCUCUCUGUUGUACCAUGUAGUUGAUGCAAACAUGCAGGACUUUUCAGAUUUUGAACCUUCAUUUGUUAGCAUAUUCAUCAUCUCCAAGGUACUGGAACAUACCCUGUUCUCUAAUUCCGGAAUGUGUGUAUAACUUUUGUUGGUUGGCAUGUCAACCCAUUUCUUGUCUGUAAUUGAUAUAACCUUCAAGUAAUUUGAAACAUACGGGAUUUCAUGUGGGAUCAUGGACAUUUUCUCGAUUAGUAGUGUGGAAUUUAAUUUGAAUCUUGAAAGUGUUGAACCGUUGUCAUUUUUCUUGUUCAAUGAGAGCAGAGAGGCCCCCUCCCCUGUUCCUAGAGUAUU